GGUCAAUUUCUCGCGAAACGAUAACAAUUUGAGAAAAAGGAGAAAAGAGACAAAAACGAGCAACCACAGAGUUAUCCCACAGUGGACUGUGCAAUAAAACAGAGGCGAGUCAUCAUCACCUUUCGCUAUAAGCCUCAAGAGACGUUGAAGAAGAAACAAGAAGAAGAAAUUGAAGACGACGAAUAUGGAUCCAUGCCCGUUCAUACGGAUCGACAUCGACUCACUCGCUUUACAGCUACCGCAGCCGGCGACUUCUAGGCCGGCGUCCACUGGAGUCCACCCGUCGGCGACGCCGUGCUAUUGCAAGCUCCGAAUCAGCAACUUCCCCUCCCAAACAGCUCUCCUCCCCCUCUCCUCUGCAACCGCCGGAGAAUAUUCCGGUGACAACGACGGUUCUCCGUCGGAUCCAGGUUCGUCGGCGCCGGGGUUCGAUCUUGACGGUGCCGCCAUCAGUCGUCUCUCCUCCAGGCCCGUUGCUCUCCGGGUCUCCGUUUACGCCGGUCGGAUGGGGACCACCUGCGGACUCUCCGCCGGGAAAAUUCUCGGACACGUCCAAGUGAAUGUCGACGUGGCAGCGGUGAGGUCCAGAGCGGUGGUUUGCCACAGUGGGUGGAUGAAGCUGGGAGGCGAAACGGGUAAACCGGCGGCGAGGCUACAUCUAGUGGUUAAGGCUAAACCGGAUCCCCGGUUCGUUUUCAAAUUCGGUGGGGAACCGGAGUGUAGCCCUGUAGUUUACCAGAUCCAAGGGAACAUAAAGCAACCGGUUUUUAGUUGCAACUUCAGCGCCGACCGGAAUUCCAGAACCCGGCCACCAUCUCCGGUCUCCGGCGCCGGCGAGAGAGGAGGAUGCAUUAUGAGGACAUUUUCCGGCGAAGUCAACAAGAGGCAAGUCAAAGAGCGUAAAGGCUGGAUGAUAAUAGUAUACGACCUCUCCGGCUCCGCCGUCGCUGCCGCCUCCAUGGCCACUCCCUUCGUCCCUUCCCCUGGCUCCGACCGAGUCUCACGCGCCAACCCCGGCGCUUGGCUCAUCCUCCAGCCUCACUGCGGCCUCUCCGUCGGCUCCUGGAAACCCUGGGGUCGCCUCGAGGCCUGGCGCGAGCGCGGCGGCUCCGACGACGGUCUCGGCUACCGGUUCGAGCUCGUUACCGACGUCGGCGGAGGUGGGAUCUCGAUCGCGGAGGGGACGAUGAGCGUCAAGCACGGUGGGAGGUUCUGUAUCGACGGUCGCCGGAGCUCGCCGGACCCGAGAUCGCCGGUGAGAGGAUUCGUGAUGAGCGCGACGGUGGAGGGAGAAGGACGCGUGAGCAAGCCGGCGGUGGAAGUGGCGGCAGAGCAUGUCGGAAGCACGGCGGACGCGGCGCUGUUCGUGGCGUUGUCGGCGGCGAUCGAUCUAAGUAUCGACGCUUGCCGGCUGUUCUCGCGUAAACUCCGGAAAGAGCUUUGCCACGGCGAUGAAGAAGUCUGAAUCGCCGGAAAAAUAUCUAGGGGGAGGAGGAGAAGUGAGUUUUCUACUGCGAUGACGACGGCGCGUGGUCUCCGGUUCUGACAGCGGAUGAGAAUUCUCUAUUUUGUUGUCGGACUCUUGAAUUGCAUUUCAAAUCCGGUUCUUCGUUUUCUGAGUUGCAUCCUUUUGGUUUCUGCAUAAAUUGUACUUGACUGUGAGAGUGAACAUUGUACAGAUCGAGGUUGAUUUGGUUUUUCCGACAAUGCAUCAUCUUUUUGUUGCU